UUCGACUUGGAAAUUGUAUACGGGUGAAGAGGACUAGCGAUUUUGUGGCCCAGACCACGAGAAGUCGGAGAGAGAGAAAGCCAUGUCGGACAACGAGGACAACAAGGGCGGCGAAGAUGAGAAGAAGCAGACGAUUACGAUCCGUGUGAAGGACCAGUCUGGCGAAGAAACGUUCUUCAAGGUCAAGCCCCACACCAAGAUGGAAAAGAUUUUCAGCGCAUACGCCCAACGCAAGGGUGUUCCCGUCACAGCCCUUCGAUUCUUGUUGGACGGCACGCGUAUCGGCGGCGACCAGACCCCUAAAAUGUUGGAACUGGAAGACCAAGACCAAAUCGAUUGCGCUUUGGAACAAGUGGGCGGUGCCAUCUCGUUUUAAGCAGAUUCAAGCAACCAUCUUUCGAUAUCUUUAUCGACAACCAUGCCCACCACAGUGUGGUCGGCAAUCAUGGCGAACGGAGAUAGAUGCUGGUGUUUAAGUUGCUCUAAGCGUGUGUAUUACUGCGCCGCUGAUGGAAAUGGGGCAACGCAGUAUAAACGACUGCUGUGAUCGUCAAACUGUGCCAUCGAUCUAUGGAUUGUACAUGUGGGUCUUUAUCCAGUUGGGUGGAUUUGCAGGGAUCGUAACCAGGUCUGUGUCGAACAACUCGAUGAACUGCUCGUUUUGUAGCCGCACUUUCGACCCAGCAAAGCGUCGGUACUCUUCAAAAAUCGAGCUGAGGUGCCAUUGUUGAAUCUUGCGUAGGCACCCGACGACGGCGCCAGUGCGGUCGCGUCCGAGAUGGCACGUGAGGAAUAGCGGGUAGUUGCCACGGUCCAGCACAAUGUCGAGCGCCGCGAGCACCGUUUCCUCGCUCAUGGGUUCCCAUGCCUUUCGUCGGUUUUCCAACUUCGUGUUGCCGCCUAGCACAAUAAGUUCGAUCUCUUGCUCUUCAACGAAGCUCAGGAGCUGCGCGUUCGGCUCUUCCGGUGCCAAGUACACGAUUUUGCGCAGGUUUAGGCGCUCCAAGAAGGGAAAAUUCAGCUCGUUCGGGAUGCCGCUUCGAUACAGGUCCUCCUCGAUCAUGCCAUAGUUGACGGGCGGGAUGAAGUACGACAUGCCGUUCUCACCCGCUCGCUACCCGAGCGCCCGAGGCAAAUGGCGGCGGAUCACACAAAUCUCC